AUGGGGGAGAAAUACGUCCAACAAUUGUACAUCUCUUCGCCCAAGGAGGAUGAAGAAGAUGAAGGUGAUGUUCAUUGCGCUGAAAAGAUGGUUGGAUUAGUUUACGAGUUCAAUAAACUCAAACAUAGGCUCAGAAUCAGCUGGUUGAAGAGCACGCAAGUAACUGCCCUAGUUGGGAUGACUGGCAUCGGCAAAACUACUCUGGCUGGGAAGCUUCUCGAAGAUCCGAAAACGGAGGAACACUUCGACUGUCGUGUGUGGGUGACAGUAGGCAAAGAAUGCCGAUUCAAGGAGAUUCCAAGGCGAAUUCUGGCAGCAGAGGCGGACCUACACUCAUUGAUGGGGGAUCCUUGGAACCCCCAACAAUUCGCAAAUACUAGUAAUUUGGACCCCCCAGUAUCAAAAUCCUGCGUCCGCCACUGUCUGGCAGAGUUGAAUGGUGAGACCGUUGAGGUUGAGGAAGGAGAUGAAGAUGUAAUAGCUGUGCAGUUGAAAGAGAGCUUGAAGGGUAAGAGAUACCUCAUUGUGCUGGAUGAUGUCUGGGACAGGCAUCCUUCGUUUCGAUACGAGAGAAAUGAACUGAAAAGUGCUCUACAGGACGUGACAAAUGGAAGCCAAGUUGUCUUCACGACAAGGCUGCAGCAGCUGGAUGAUUAUGGUUCUAGGCUUUCCACGGAUGGGAUGAGGGUGUUUGGUGAAGAGCCGUGCUCUUUCCAACUCGAGAAGAUUGGGAAGAAAAUCGCGAAGAAAUGUGAUGGAUUACCUCUCAUGAUUGUCGCGAUUGCUAACCUGUUAGCCGAAGAGGACAAGACUGUGGAAUGCUGGGGUGAGAUUGCAGCUCAUAAGAAUCAUCCUAUUUUCAUGGAUGCAUAUGAUGAUAUAUCAAAGGUGUUACUUCCGAGUUACAAGUACUUACCUCGCCUUCUGCAAAUGUGUUUUCUCUACAUGGGAGUUUUCCCUCGGAAUGAUCACGUAUCACGAUCCAAGCUCAUGAACAUGUGGAGUGUAGACGGAUUUCUAGAAGAAAAUGCAGAUGAAUCUCUAUAUCCUAGUGCAGAGAAGUGUUUGGAUGAGCUUGUUUCAAAUAGUCUUGUCACGAUCCACCAAACCACCCUAGAUGAUUCCGGGCGACUGGGCGCUAAACAGAUCAAAAAGUGUGGCCUGCAUUCUUCUCUAUGGCACUUGUCUAACCAAGAAGCAACGAAGAUCAAGUUUUCUUAUGUCUUGAAAACUAGCAAUGAUGCUUUCGAUGAAGGAGUUGAAAGCCAAUGCAGGCUAUCCUUCCACAACAACAUUCUAUUUGGCAUCAGAGAAGUGUGUGAAUCAGUGGAGGAGAAGUGUGCAUCAACUGCACAUUCCCUCCUGUGUUAUGGGCCAUAUCAGAAAUACCAAGUGCCAAUAUGUUCUGGUUUGGCAUUGCUUCGGAAACUUGAUGCUCUUACAAUCCAUUUCUACGAGUUCCCAAUGGAGGUUCUGGAAUUAGUUCAAAUAAGAUACUUAGCCCUCACUUUGAACGGGGAGCUCCCUUCUUCGAUAUCCCAACUCUCAAGCCUCGAGUUCUUGAUUGUCAAUCAACAUCUGAGCAUCAAGUCCGGUGAAGGCCCGAUGCACCUGCCUAAGGAGAUAUGGGAUAUGAAGGAACUGAAGCAACUUCAGGUCAUUGGCAGUGACUUGCCAGAUCCUUGCGGCGCUUCCUUAGAAAGCUUGUUGACUCUUUCAGGUGUAAGUGCUGAGAGUUGCAAUGUGACCGUUUUAAAAUCAGUUCCUAAUCUGAAGAAAUUAGGGAUUCAGAUUAGUUUGGAAGAUGAUGAUAUUGGUAGCCCCUUAUAUGUGUUUAAUCACAUUCCCCAUCUUACGAACCUAAGAUCACUCAAAUGUGUCAUAACGAAUCCUGAGGUGGUUGUUCCCGUGCUCGCUCCAAUGUCCAUUUUCCCACGAAAUUUGACAAAGUUGAACUUGAGUGGGAUGGGAUAUCCCUGGAAAGAAACGAGCAAGAUUUCUUCACUGCCGUGCCUUCAGGUGCUCAAAUUGCGAAGCUAUGCUUUUCAAGGUCCAGAGUGGGAAGUAGAAGAGGGUGCAUUCAGUUUUCUUACAUUUCUUAUUAUUGAAGACACUGAUCUGGAGGACUGGAAAAUCGGACGGGGAAGCUUUGAUGACCUUGAAACACUGACCAUGAAACAUUGUUACAAUCUGGAAAGGAUUCAUGGGGAAUUUGGAGGCUUUCUUGGAGGUAUUAAGCUAAUCGACUGUGAUCCUUCAUGUGCAGAGCAGAUGAUGAAGGCUACUCAAGAUUGGAAAGUAGAUGUUCAUUCUUCAUGGGAUGACAAGAAAUGA